CCCCAAACACAAAACAACCCACAACCCCAUUUACUCCUGCGAUCUCACCUGCUGCAAUCUCCCUCCGUAAACAACCAAACGCCCAUCUCGGCACCACCAUCCUCUCUCUCAAUCCUGAACCGGGCGAAACUUGGGGUUUGGGGGUUGGGGCCGGUUCCUCCCCCCUCAUCCAUACCUAGUUGGAUUGGAUUACUCCGUCCAAAUCACCGCACAUUGCGUCAGGACGGCAUUCGCAAGAACCGCGACAGGUGGAACUCCAAGAAAAUGCCGAGCCGAUCCGUCGGAUUCUAGGCCAUCUCUGUGCCAGAAUCUGUUAAUGGCUGGUCUCCUGGAAGAUGAUUCUUCAUGGGAAACUCUUUCAACUGAGCGAAUUAUGAUUCCUGCUUUCAACUUUGGAGUUGUUUCUGAGGCCAACAACGGAGGAAAAGAAUUCCCAGUUUCAUUGGACGUUGUUCCUGAUGACAUCCUGGAGAAAAUUUUCACCUUCUUGCCAAUAGCAAGCAUGAUAAGGUCAACAGCAGUGUGCAAGAGAUGGCAUCAUAUUAUCUACUCAAGCAGGUACCUUUGGACCCACAUGUUGCCUCAGAGGCCAUGGUACUUCAUGUUCACCUGUAAUGAGACUGCUGCUGGAUAUGCUUAUGAUCCCCAUCUCCGUAAAUGGUAUGAUUUAGAGCUUCAAUGCAUCAUUAAGAGCAGCUGUUUCGUUUCUUCUUCUUGUGGGCUAGUUUGCUUCAUGGAUAAUGACAACAGAAACGUCAUUUCUGUAUCUAACCCUAUCACAAAAGAUUGGAAGAGGCUCAUGGAGCCUCCUGGUGCAAAGUUUCCAGAUUACAGUACAGUUGCCAUGAUGGUAGAUCGGGUGUCUCACAAUUACACUGUUACAUUGGCAAAAUCCAAUCAAGUACCUGAUGAUUACGUCCAAUGGGAUUUUUCUUUAUACAAGUAUGAUUCACGGAGUAGUUCAUGGGUAACUGCCGCCAAGGAGGUGUUCAUUGGUUGGAGAGGGAGUGAGGAUAGUGUGAUAUGUGAUAGAGUCUUCUACUGCUUAAUCCAGUCUACUGGUUUUCUUGGCAAUGUUGAGCCCCGUCAUAGACUGAUCAUGUAUGAUCUUGUUACCGGAGCUUCUGAAACUUCAUUAAUGCUAUCUUCAAUCCCAGUACCUUGUUCUCUUACCUGUGGACGUCUUCUAAACUUAGGAGAGAAGCUGGUAAUGGUUGGAGGGAUUGCAAAACACAAUAGACCUGAUAUCAUUAAAGGAAUCGGCAUAUGGGAACUUGAUAAGAAACAAUGGCAAGAGGUAGGUCGAAUGCCUCACAAGUUCUUCCAAGGAUUUGGCGAGUUAGAUGAUGUCUUUGCCAGCAGCGGCACAGACGACCUUGUCUACAUCCAAAGCUACGGUGCAACCGCUUUGCUUGCAUUUGACAUGAAGCUGAAGAAGUGGAAGUGGUCAGCAAAAUGCCCUGUGAGCAAAAAGUUUCCUCUCCAACUUUUCACUGGUUUUUGCUUUGAACCUCGGCUCGAUAUCGCCGCUUAAUUUGUACCAGUCUGUCCCUUUGCCUUGGAACCAAACCACCAAUCUUUGUCUUUGUAAGAGAUCAUGGAAGUUUUAUUGUCAGGAUGAAUGCAAUAAUUUGUAAUUGCCUCUUUUCGCCAGAGUAGCAUUUAUAACGCCGUAUCUGACUAAUCACAUUUAUUUGCGAUGAUUCAUUGCAAGGAACAUGUAAAUGAGCCCUUUUGCCA